AACGGCGUUGACCUCACAAACAUGGCCGCCACUAUCGUCACAUCCGGCCCGUGCUCAAAGGAACUGUCGAUAUGAAGCCGUCGCUUCCGGUAAAGCCUCCUUUUCGGCAGCGGCUCUUUCCUCGCCAACAUGCCACUCGCAAAAGACUUGUUGCACCCAUCCCCUGAGGAGGAGAAGAGGAGACACAAGAAGAAGCGUCUAGUUCAAAGUCCUAACUCUUACUUUAUGGAUGUGAAAUGUCCAGGAUGCUACAAGAUCACGACGGUGUUCAGCCACGCUCAGACAGUCGUGCUGUGUGUGGGCUGUUCGACAGUCCUCUGUCAGCCCACUGGAGGCAAAGCCCGUCUCACAGAGGGGUGCUCAUUCAGGAGGAAGCAACAUUAGCUGUUUCUCCAGGAGGUGAAGUGGAGAGGAGGGAAUGGACCGGUUGAUGUCAGCGUCUUGGCCCAGUGGUCUGGUCCGAAAGCGAAGCAGAACCCGAGGAUGAACUCGACAGCAGAUGGAUUUCCACUUUCCAUGCUGACCGAUCGGUUGUUGCUGAAAUCCACCCUCCAACCCUGUCUCUCUAAAUAAAAUGUUGUUUUGGCUAAAACAGA